AUGACUAGAAUCACUGAGAUUAUCUUCAUAUUCAUUCUCUUGCCGCUUCUUCAGCUUUCUUCACCGUCUCCUUCUAUUUGCACCAACUCAAGACAGUUGAAACUCUCUUUCGAUAAUGUGACCAAGGACACAAAUGCAUCUCAACCUCCAAAAGGGCUAUGUCUGGAAAAACUUGGAAAUAGUACCUAUGUCUACAUGGUUCCACAUCCAGAUGGCUCAAAUCGAGUUUUUGUUUGUAACCAAAAAGGUAAGAUAUGGUUAGCCAUGGUUCCUGAGGUGGGUUCAUCACAAACCUUGAUGAUAGAUGAAUCUGACCCGUAUGUUGAUUUAAGUGAUCAAGUGCAAUUUGCAACAGAAAUGGGUCUAAUGAGUAUGGCUUUCCAUCCAAACUUUACAAGUAAUGGAAGAUUCUUUGUUGCUUUUAACUGUGAUAAGUUUCAGCAGCCUGGAUGUGAAGGCAGAUGUUCAUGUAAUACUGAUGUUGGUUGUGAUCCUUCCAAGUCUGAAUCUCUUCAAGAAACUUAUCCUUGCCAGUUUCACCUUGUAAUUGCCGAGUUCACUGCCAAUGGCACCGCGGCUUCUUCAAAACUUUCAUGGAAAGGACAUGCUAAUUCUGUUGAAGUGAGGAGGAUAUUCACGAUGGGGCUCCCGUUUGAAGCAUAUCAUGCUGGUCAAAUUCUAUUUGGCCCCGCUGAUGGUUACCUGUAUUUCAUGAUCGGAGAUGCUUCACAUGUUAAUGAUCCAUACAAUUUUGCACAAAACAAGAAGUCAUUGCUUGGAAAGAUAUUGAGGCUUGAUGUCGACACCAUACCGAGUGCAGAAGAAGUAAGUAAACUAUACUUAUGGGGAAACUAUUCUAUACCAAAAGACAAUCCAUACAUUAAUGAUGUUGAAUAUCGACCCGAAAUCUGGGCCUUGGGUUUUAGUAAUCCUUGGCGCUGCAGUUUUGACUCAGAAAGGUCUUCUCGUUUCAUAUGCAUUGAUAUCGGAAAGGAUCAAUAUGAAGAGAUUAAUCUAAUCAAGAAAGGUGGAAACUAUGGAUGGCGUGUUUACGAGGGGCCUUAUCUCACACAUCCAUCAUAUGCACCUGGAGGGUACACUCAACCAACCUCUAUCACUCCCAUAUUUCCUAUUGCAGGAUACAAUCAUGAUAAUGGUGAUGCAAGCAAAGGUCCCGCCUCAGUGAUAGGUGGUUAUUUUUAUCGUGCUGAUGCUGAUCCAUGCUUGUAUGGCUGGUAUAUAUACACUGAUUUGUACAAUUAUGCCAUAUGGGCAACUAUAGAAACCACUGAAAACAGUGAGAACUUUACUAGUUUCAAGGUCCCUUUUGGUUGUGCCCGUGACUCACCAAUGGAAUGUAGGUUUAAGCCUGGGGUUCACAAUGUUCCUGACCUGGGCUAUGUGGUGUCAUUAAGUGAAGAUAACAACAAGGAUUUGUACUUAUUGGCAAGCAGUGGUGUGUAUAGAGUUGCAGCUCCAAGCCGUUGUGGGUACCAUUGCUCUAAGGAAAAGUAUUCAAAUUCGACUAGAGUUUUCUCAUCUGGAACCUUAUUGAAGGCUGCAGAUUUAGCCACAUGUUUCAUCGUAUUUAUAUUUAUGGUAGUUUUUUCCCUUUGA